AUGGCUUCGCCUUCGCAAAGUUUGAAUGACCAAGCCAACGGUGCGAGACUAAGCCGACUUUUGGUAAAUAAAGGAACACAAGCAUUGAGAGCGGCAUUCGACUUCACGUAUCCUCCAUCCACUUUAACUGCAGUGUUAAACACAAACAAAGCAAUACUACAAAAACUGAGGUACAAGGUGAUAAAUACUUCACAAUGGAAACUUUUGUAUCCUUCUUCAGGUCCGCCAGAUUCGCAAAAUUUUGAUGUGACUUUGUUGACUGUACUUUUGCGAAACAUUUGUGGAUUGACCAGGCCAGCAAGUGGAUGGGAUACUUUGCCUCCAGAUUCUGACACGUCCGUGGCAGCUAACAUAGCGAGGAUAAAAUUUUAUAGGAAUCAGGUUCAUGCUCAUAUUACGACCACAGAGAUUGCUGACAACGAGUUUGAGAACUUGUGGCUGAAAAUAUCUAAAGCAUUGAUUGGUCUUGGAAUUCCCAAGUCUGAAUUGGAUGAAUUAAAAGAAGCUCCUCUUAGUCCUGAAGAAGCUGGUUGUAUCCAGCUGUUGAAAGAUUGGUGCAAAAGUGAGGCCGAAAUGAAUGUUGACGUCAAGGAAAUCCUAGCAAUAAUUAAGGAAGAGCGUGCGCAAAAAUCACGUGAAACUGAAAAGGUGUCGGAUGUGGAUAAGUUGGGCAAAUGUGAUUUCAGUGGGAUCAGAAAAAGUCUCAACGAUGAGUUCUUACCAGGAACAAGGCAAUGGCUUUUUGAUAAAUUGAGCUCUUGGUUUACUGAUAAAAAUUCUGAUUCUACUGUAAUGAUUCUUACCGCAGGUCCUGGAGUUGGAAAGAGCGUUUUCGCAGCCGAGGUUUGUCGAAUGUACGCCGAAGAAGGACAGCUGGCAGCUUGUCAUUUUUGCCAGUACAAGAACUCAGAUUACAGAGAUCCACGCAUGAUAAUCGAGUCCUUGGCCAGCAUCAUGUGCGAAAAUGUAAAAGGUUUUAAAGCAAAACUUGAUGAACAACUGCAAAGACGUCAUUCCAGAGAAACACUAUCAGAUGCAUUUCGUGUUCUUUUAAACGAUCCUCUGUAUGCCCUGGAAGAGCGCGAACCAAUGCUAUUGGUUAUCGAUGCACUGGAUGAAAGCAUGGUUGCAGGAAAAAGUGAACUUCUGGAGUUAAUUUCGGAAGAGUUUCCUAAACUACCCCAAUGGAUCAAAAUCUUGAUCACAAGCAGACCAGAGUUAACAGUGAAAAAAGAAUUGCACCAUCUCAAUACCGUGCAAAUUACCCGAUAUGAUACGAAAAACAAAGACGAUCUCCUGAAGUAUCUUCGAAAAUCUUUAUCACAUAUCUGUAACGAUGAGAAAGUCUUUAGGUCAUUAGCUGAAAAAUCCGAAGGAUCAUUUCUUUUCGCAUAUUACACUCAAUUAGAAUUGAAGGAAACAACGAAACAGCUAACGAUAGAAACGAUUUCCGAACUUGUUCCCAAAGGCAUAGGUGGUUUUUACCAAAAACAAUUAAAGCAUUUAGAAAAUGAACUCAAUGCCCUUAGUUCGUCGGAAGUCAAGUUGAAGCGUUUUCUUCAAAUCCUUGUUGCGGCUGAAGGCCCACUGCCAUUGAGUUUAUUGCCCGAGUAUCUAGGGUUGCUUGAUAAUAUCGAGUACAAAGUACGUCAGUCAAUAAUUGGAAUCAUGUCCUCGAUUUUGCCUGUUUACGAUAAUUGUUUAACUGUCUAUCACAAGUCACUUCGUGAUUGGUUGAUGUUUGAUGGUUAUAAAGAACAUGAUUUUACUGUUGAUUCCCAGAUUGGGCAUGAGUGUUUAUGGAGAGUUUGCAAGAAAGUGUUUGAUCAAAUUAUUUCAUUGAGUACGUUCUCAAACUUUAAGCCAUCUCCGAUGACAAGAUAUGCUCUGGUUCAUGGAAUUUCUCAUAUGAUCCAAUCUGACAGCAAAACCAGUUACCAUUUGUCAGUUGAUGUAAGAAUAGUCCUUGCCAGGAUGAUGAAUCAGAUAGACUGUUUUGAAAUGGAACGCGAAUGGCGGGAAAUCGUUGAUAAUUCACCUUCAGUUUUAAGCAGUGAAAUGUUACAGGAGUUGGACUGGCAUAUCAAGCUUUUCGACUAUUUGAUACGCGGACAUUUCGACUAUUUGUUAUGCGAAGUGAGCGAUUGCCCAUCAUCUUAUUUGCAGUCUGUUGCAAAUAGAAUCGAUUGCAGUGAUGAAAAAGGAGUACUUGUUAGAUCAUUGUUGGAACAGGGGCAUCAUUUUUGGUUUGAAGAUUUGGAUGCUACAAAACUAACAAACCAUUUUUACAAGUCAGUUUCCUUGCGAACGGAUGUCACGUGUAUGUGUGCAUCAUCCAAUGAACAGCUUGUUGCAGCUGGGUAUAAAGAUGGAUGGAUUUCAAUUUUCAGAGUGCCAGACUUCCAAGAAGUACACACCUUUGAUACCAUGCCAGAAUCUAGUGCUUGUCGUUCCAUGCUCCUUCGUAAUCGGGAUUACACGCUUCACACAAAGAGCGAAUUUGUUGGUCCGUUGUGGUCCUGUUCAUUUUCGCCAUCAAGCGUCAGGCUGGUUACUUGCGAUGGUUCAGAAAAGGCAAAGUUAUGGGAUGUCAACAGUGGCAACCUAUUAGCACGAUUGCAAGCUGGAGGAUCUGUUAAUUGCUGCUCCUUCAGUGAAUGUGGUUUAUUUAUUGUAGCGGACAAAUUGAGGGAGAAUUUCAAAAACCAAACAGAUGUGUUCAGUGCGUGGAAUGCAUUAACCCUACAAAGAGUCGAUCGACGCAAUAUUCGCGGGACUCAGCAAAGAGUGGAUCAAGGCAAUCGUUACAGUUCGUUUAGGUUUCUACCCGAUAGGAAUAAUAAGAGCAAACUUUUACUGUCCCGUAACGGUGAUUAUAUCGAUGUAUUUCAGUUACCCGAUGCGCUUCCCGUUGCUCGGCUAUACGAACCAUUUUUCUUAUUUUCACCUCCCUUACCACUGCAUACCACCACUAGAUCCCACUGGCGGAACUGCGUCUUGCACCAUACCAAUGAGUCAAUAAAGUUGACUGAAGUUGAUCAGUUAAACAAAGGACCCUUAGGCUACGAGUUAUGUCCGUGUGACUUCGAAAAAAACAGACCUGGUCUAGUUACAGUUCAAAAACGAUAUGUGGUGCCGUUUGUUAACAAGUUAAAUAUCUUCAGCGUUGCCGAUCAGCCUUCAAUGUCGAUUCAGCCUUUGUUCGUUUCAGAAUCGUAUGCCAUUUCGUGUUGCUGUUUCUCACCAGACGGCUCUUUGCUGGCAACUUGUGCAAAUGGUGCUCCUCUUUCCGUUCUUAUUUGGGACACUAAACUUUGUACUGUUAUACAAGUCUUGCGAUUUCCUCUGGUGUGCGCAGAGGGCUGCUGGUGGUCAGAAAGUUUGCUUUGGAUAUAUGAUGGUGGUCUCGUGAAGAUACUCAUCUCCAACGGACGAAGUUUGGAGCCAUCAGGCGCACAAAGGGUUAAGAUCGAUUGGGAACCCACGAAAUUGCUGACCUUUUCAGAUGUGCUAAUUUUCAUCGACCAAAAGAAUUCUGCCAAUGUGGCAAGAAUUAAGAACGGUGAGUUGCAGUAUGUGGAGAAGUUGCCCAUUGAUAACCCGAUUCUAUGUGCAGCAGUAUCACCUUGUAACUCAAUCAUUCUUAUGGCUAGCACGGAAUUAACCUUUCACGUAUGGAGAGAGGAUCAAACCUCACAGUCUCUUCAUUGGGUAGCUUCAAACACUGGAGAACUCCUUGAUUUUCCUCGUAUGAAAGGCAGUGAAGAAAACGUCAUUUACUGCAAAUGUUGCAUUACAAGCGACAACACUAAAGGAGUUUUGGCGUUGUAUUUUCGCGAAAGAGGUCUCACAGUGUAUCCUCUAUCAUAUGAUUUGAUUCUUGUCGAUUUAAGCUCGAAAAUGAUGACGAGGAUUAUUCCAUGCCAUGAUUCCAUGCCUCGACUAGUCUCAGAAAUGGGUGAGUUUUAUGCCGGCAAUUCGUAUUGUAUUGUCGUUAAUCGCAAGCGUGCCUGGUUGGGAGCCGUAAAAUUAGCAACUGGCGAAUGCGUAGCUGAGUGGAUGACUUCUCUUGAGUUACAGUUUUCUCCGCUUAUUGUAGCGCAUUCUAAAAAUGAUCUUGUUGCUAUCAUCAUACAACAUCCUGCUAGAGUUCGGUUUUUAAAAAUUGUCGUUCCAGAGUGA